GCUCGUGUCUCAGCUACUGUGGCCACUCAUUUGCCAGCAAGUGGCAUUAUAUAUAUUCGUUCCUCCGGCCGACGGCCAGUACGUACGUAGGCGCCGACGAGCUAGGUCUCGCCGCCGCCGCCUCGCUCGCGGUAGAGAAAGAGAGAGAGAGAAACAGAUCGAGAUAUAGAACGAGAAAUUUUAAUAAAGAGAGGCGAGCUAGCUAUCUAGGUAGAGAGAGGCCGGGCCGGCCGCGCGGGGGCGGGCAAGCAAGAUAGAGGCCGGGAGCGUGCGCAGGAAGCUGAUGAGGCUGCUGUCGUUCGUGCCCUGCGGCUGCCGUGCUGGACCCAUCGACGACGCGCCGCCCACGGACCACCACGCCACCGCGAGGAACCGCAGGAUCGUCGGGAGGAGGGCAACCGCCGCCAGGUCCUCCGCCUCUGCGGCGCACUGGCGCCCCUCGCUCGGGGACAUCUACGAGGACUACAGCGCCGACGCGGCCAGUAAUAAGGCCGGCGACGGCGGGCCGGCGAGGGGCAGGAAAGCGGCGUCCUGGGACGUCGCCCGGGUGCUGCCCCGCGCGCACAGCGAUGAAUACCGGCACCUUGAGCGCGCGUCGUCCAUGCCAGCGUUCGCGCCGAUGGCCUUCCUUUUCUGAUCACGUCGUCGGCGGCCGCCAGCCCUCGACGACGAUGAAGUACUGCGGGAAGCAUAUAUAUACAGAUUACUGUCGACGUAUUGUAGAACCAAUGAUAUAUAUGCAUGCAUAUGCACAUCCAUCAGGCCGGAAUAAAUCUAUGCAUGCUUUUGUGUGUGUGACGUACGUGUCUAUGUAUAUGUGAUGAUUUGGAUGAGCUAGCUAGAGUCGUGAACGUACAUGCCAUGUACAUAAUUACUAGUAUAGUUAUAGUAAUUAAUAAUACUAGCUAUAUAGCUAA